UAUUUUGAAGGGCCACCAGUUUGGCGGCGCUAUAGUGUGUAUGAACGAUUCAGGCACUCCGCCUUUUUUUUUACUCGACCUAAACUUAAAUUCAUGUCAACUUUUAUUUCAUUCGUAAGGUUCUCUGGUUCUAGUUGUAACUAGGCCAUGUCGGACACAUGGAGUCACAUCCAAGCGCACAAAAAGCAGCUGGACUCACUGCGAGAGAGGCUGCAGAGGAGAAGAAAAGACAACACUCAACUGAGCAUUGCAGAGAUUGGAAGUGGUGAGGGAGUAUCUGCAAGGAGCGACAGCCCAGGACCGGCCCUCCAGAGUCUGCCACAGCUGGAAGUUGAGCAGCCUCCAGACCCAGAACUAGAGAGACGGCUGCUGGGAUACCUGUCUGACUUGAAUCUUUCUUUGCCAAUCGAUUCCCUUGCUAUCACCAACCAGCUAAGCACAUCUGAAUCUCCAGUUUCCCAUGCCUGCAUCCAAAGUCUCCUACUCAAAUUUUCUGCUCAAGAGCUUAUUGAGGUUCGGCAGCCUUCCAUCACUGCCUCUUCAUCCUCCUCCUCCUCUACCCUCGUUAUAUCUGUCGAUCACACCAAACUAUGGGCUAUGAUAGGGAGUGCAGCCCAGCCACAGAGAACUGCCGUCAAAAGAAAAGGAGAUGACAUUCAUCAAAAAAGAGCUCCAGGCUCCUCCCCUUUGCUUCAAGCACCAUCUUCUCCUCCCAAGAGAUCGUCUGUCUCGCUGGCAUCUGCCUCCAACCUGCAGCUUACCGGAUCAUCUGGGGGUGGAGGGGGUGCUGUUGAGAAAAAGGGGCGGGGCAAUAAGGUCCAAGCAUCUCACCUGGACAUGGAGAUUGAGAGUCUACUGAGCCAGCAGUCCACCAAGGAACAGCAAAGCAAAAAGGUGAGCCAAGAGAUCCUAGAGCUGUUGAACACUAGUUCAGCGAAGGAGCAGUCGAUUGUGGAGAAGUUCCGCUCGCGAGGCAGAGCUCAAGUGCAGGAGUUCUGCGAUUAUGGGACCAAAGAGGAGUGUGUGCAAUCUGGGGAAACACCUCAGCCCUGCACCAAGCUGCACUUCAGGCGCAUCAUUAAUAAACACACAGAUGAGAGCUUGGGCGACUGCUCCUUUCUGAACACCUGUUUCCACAUGGACACUUGUAAAUAUGUGCACUAUGAGAUUGACAGCCCUCCUGAAGCAGAGGGUGACCCCUUGGGGCCACAAGCAGGUGCCACUGAGCUUGGACUGCACUCCACUGUAGGAGAUAGCAACGUGGGCAAGCUGUUUCCUUCACAGUGGAUUUGCUGUGAUAUCCGUUAUCUGGAUGUGUCCAUCCUGGGGAAGUUUGCAGUGGUGAUGGCCGACCCACCGUGGGACAUCCACAUGGAGCUUCCCUAUGGAACGCUCACAGACGACGAGAUGAGGAAACUCAACAUUCCUAUAUUGCAGGAUGACGGUUUCCUCUUCCUCUGGGUGACAGGAAGAGCUAUGGAGCUGGGUCGAGAGUGUCUGAGUUUAUGGGGCUAUGAGCGUGUAGAUGAGAUUAUCUGGGUAAAGACCAACCAGCUCCAGCGAAUAAUUCGCACUGGAAGGACUGGACACUGGCUGAAUCAUGGCAAAGAGCAUUGCUUGGUGGGUGUAAAAGGAAACCCACAAGGUUUUAACAGAGGCCUUGAUUGUGAUGUCAUAGUGGCGGAGGUCCGCUCCACUAGUCAUAAACCAGAUGAGAUCUAUGGAAUGAUCGAACGUUUGUCACCAGGGACACGAAAGAUUGAAUUGUUUGGCAGACCACACAAUGUGCAGCCUAAUUGGAUAACUCUUGGUAAUCAGCUGGAUGGUAUUCACCUUUUAGACCCUGAAGUAGUUGCACGUUUUAAGAAGCGCUACCCUGACGGAGUCAUCUCUAAACCUAAAAACAUGUGAGGACUGGAAUAGUGAGAUGUAUAGUCACAAAGCCACAGGUCUCAACACUGAAAGAUGAUUUCAAACAGGACUUGCCAGUGUCAAUAACAGCUUUUUGUACCACUUUCCUUUUUUAAAAUUUUUUUAAAUUUUUUUAAUAAAAACACUGAAAUCUG